AUGGACUCCCUAGAAAUCACACUCAAGUGGUCCAAGAAGGAGUUUGGAAUGAUCGUCCAGUUGGGUGAUUCUGGUCGUUCCUUCAAAGAACAAGUUCAUAGCUUGACAAAUGUUCCAAUCGGUCGACAAAAGCUUCUUUGCGGCAAAAAGAAGGGAUCUAUCCAUUGGAAAGGAAGCUUAACGGAUGAGUUUGUCUUUUCAAUACCAGACAGUUCCAAACCAGCGACCCAUUCACUGAUGGUCACUCUGAUUGGAUCGGCCGAAGCGGCGAUUGAAGUACCCAACACCAAGACACGUUUUGUUGAAGACAUGACGCAAGAAGAACUACAGGCGGUCGAGGAUGCUACCGAACAAGCCGCCAUGGCCGAUGCGGUGGGUAUGAUUUCUACCAUUCAGCUGCCAGCACAUCAUCGGAACGAUGGCAAACAGGAAACAUAUCAAUACAACCGGUUGGUGACUGGAUUGCCUCAAAAAUAUAUUGAAGAUUUGUUGAAGCAACGAAAACGAAAGCAAGAGCUACAAGGAAAUGACGAAAUGAUGGAUCAGGUGGCCAUGUCAAUGGGUUUAGAACUGCGCAGAGCAUACGUUAAUGACAUUGCAGUUCGCCACCGGGAUGGUACGCUGAUUGGUGCUUUGGAUGAUGGGCACGUACAACUCUGGCGAUAUGGUCAGAUGGAACACGACGUCAUUCACGGCGGGGGAGAUGGAGGCAUUGACUCUGUUGUGGCUUUAUCCACACCGAGCGAGGGUCAUCUCUCCUUCGUAACUGCUGGCAGAGGGACGUAUAAGUUGUGGUCAGAAGACGCCGAGGAACUUGGAACCGUCCGAACGCCUGUACCAGGAGUGACUCCUGUGUCCAUGGUGCAAGUUCCGCUGCAUCAGAGUGAAAACAAUAAUAACAUGGUAUGCCUGGCGGCUAGUUUCAAGGUCGUGCAUCAGUCCAACCCAUCACAAUUUCAUUUGGUCCCCCAGAACGAAGAACAAGAACGACGACGAGCAGCCGCAGAGGCACAAGAGGCAGCGAGACAAGAAAUCAUGGCCAAAAUGUCCAGCAGUGUACAAGUACUGUAUGGAGCUGCAGAUGGCACCAGUCCUUUAAAAUCUUAUAUAUUGACCAACCAUGGUGAAGAUACGGCACCCAUUACUUGUGUUACAUCCUUUUCCAUCACACAAAAUGGGAACAGCGUAAGCUUUUUGGUGGCAGGUGACCAAGAAGGAUGUUUGCGGAUUUGGGUGGCCCAAGUGGAGAAACAAAACGGAAACAAUAUUGUCAACUUUGCUCUGCAAUCCACCUUUUGGCUGAGAUCAGAAGAGGGCAGUUCCCUCUCGAUUGUUUGCCUCGAGCCCAUGGAGGUGGGUGAUGGACAAGCAGCUCGAUUGGCCGUGUCUACUGCACCAACCGGGCGAUCCAGACAACCGUCACCAGCAGGCCCAUGUGUAUCAGUAUCAACGACACGGGCCGUGCAUUUGUUGGACUUUGCUACUCAAGGAGAAAGCUUAAGCAUGCCAUCGACGUCACAUGCUCUUACUGGUCAUACCAAAGAUUCAGUGAUCUGCAUGCGUUCCUUACCCGAUGGUGGAUUGCUGACUGGAGGAGGCAAGUUGGAUGCCACUGUUAAGCUCUGGAGUGCAUCUCAAUUUUCUGCCAAUAUAAAUGCAAUGGAUGUUGACGAAACACAAGUUACAACAAUUGAAUCACAACAACGACAACUUUCAAAAUGCUCUCAGACAAUAUCAUCUCUUGGCUAUGUCUUUGCAUUGGAAGUGUUACCCGACCGGAUGGAAGGUUCGUCACAAUUCGCUAUUGCUGGAGCCCGAUAUAAUACGUUGAAGAUAAUAUUAUAA